AUGGAAUAUUGGACUUAUGAGCCAGCUGAGCAUUGUGGCAGAUGCAUCUGGCCUAUUAAGAAGAUGGAUAGUUGCCCAAAAGUCUCAAUUACAGAUAUCGGUCAGGAUCCAGGAGGUGCUCUUCUUAAUUUCAUCUUUAUGCUAGCAUCCAUGUUUCCAUUUAUAGCAGUGGUUGUUAUCGCUGUGAUGGCAAUCUGGAAAAAUAUACCAGAGAGAGUUUUUAUACCUCUAGGUAUUUUAUCGGUUCUGAUGUGAGAGUUGAUCUUAAAAUACUCCAUAAGGCAGCAUAGGCCAGAAGGAGCUUGCUCUGCAAGCUAUGGAAUGCCUUCAGGUCACAGCAGUUUCUCAGUAUGCUUUAUCAUCUGGGCUACUUAUGCUUACCUAGUUCAUUUGAAAAGACUAUGGCAACCAAUAUUCUUCUUCUUAGCCGCAAUUGUAGUAAUUAUUAGCAGAGUUUAUCUUGGAUAUCACACUAUCUUACAAGUUUCAAUGGGGUCUUUGGUCGGACUUCUACUCAGUGUGAGUUACCUAUCUGUGGUUCAUUUCAAGACAAAUUGGACUCAUAAAUCUAGAGAAUCUGAUUUGGCUACAGCCUUGGUUCCCGCCGAAGACUUAGAAGACAGUAACAACACCAAUGGGGCAUUGAGCAAGCCUGAUUUAGCCUACCAAAUGUUACCAACAGAAGAAAUUCAGAAUUUAGAUCAGGAAGAUGAUCCAGAAGUUGUGACGAAAAUUAACUCAGGAUAGUUCAAUUUAUAGAAGAGCA